AGCCAAUCAGCGCCUUCCGCCGCAUGGAACGUUCACCCGGAACUGAAACAGCGUGCGCGCUAGUUUGCAAAAAGGAAAAGUCAGCUGGGCUGUUGCAGGUACUGUUUGCAGUUGCAAAGCGGGUUUGCUUUUUUCUCUUUUCUUGCAGGGGGUUGCUUUUUCGUUCCAUACUAUCAAGCAACAAAGCGAGAGAGUUUGUGGAACUGAGCUUUUUAAAGAAAUAUAUUCCUUUUCCGUUUUUUGGUCCGCCUCGGAAAGGAGGGAGGAGAUCUUGCAUAUGGAAGAAGAUGAGCACGAGCUGUAUGGCAUUGAAGAUGAAUUUGAGGAGCAGUUUGCGGACGAGCUGGAGGCGCUGGCUGAGCUGCAAGGUGGGGGCCGAUGGGCUUCUCUUGAUGGUCAGAGAAUUUUGGCUUGAGAAGGAGAGGCCGAAAUGGGAGGGGCGGGUUUGUCGCUUUUUUGCAGCAACAGCACCAAGACCUCCUGUUGCAUUUACUGAACAUAAGUAUAGCCAAGAGUAAAAACAAUCCAAAAUACUCACCAGUAGUAUGUAUUAAAGAACUCCACCAGUAUACUUGGGGGACAGGUCCUGGCCCUGAGGAGGCUCCAUUCUAAAAUUCAGCAGAGGGGGGAAAGCAGACCUGUCCCCAGUGACCAAUUCUAUACUGUACAUGUCCACUUAGAAGUAAAUCACAUUUGGUUCAGUGGGGCUUGCUUCCAGGUAAAUAUAUUUAGGAUUUUAUCCUCAUUACAUCAGCUCUGUUCAUGAACCCCAUCAUUACAUCAGUGAAAUGGUUUAUAGAGCUGCAUAAAUCAAUAAACAGCAAAGCUCCAAGCACUGUUCAUAAUAAAAUUGUGGCUAAAACGCAACUAAAAUCCAGGAAACUUUUUUUAAAAAAACCCAUAAAAUCAGUGAAAACUUAUUUAAACAGAUAUAUAAAACAGUGUGCAGAUGCAGCCCUACUAAAAGGCAGACUUCUUGUAAAAUUGGAACAGAUGUUUUCUGACAUUUCUAAAAAUGCAAGUUCUGCAGAUCAAAGCAGUCAAAGUGGUGCAGUCAAUCUCAAGUAUGGGCAACUCAACCCAUAAGGGACUUUAUAUGCAAAUAGUAAAAUCUUGAACUUGGCCCAGUAGCAAAUUGUCUGCCGGUGCAGAUCUUUGAGCACCAGUCUUCUUUGACGAUCACACGUAGCAGAGAAAGAUUGUCUUCCAUGAACAUAGUCUUAACGAGUCCGUAAGUGACAGUGGAGGCCAAUUCCUUCCGCAGUGGGGCAUAGGUUUCUGCACGGGAGUUGAUUACGGUGAGGAUUUGUCAAACAUGCCUUCCUCUCGGCACGUUUCUCCCUUUCGUCCUGAGUUUGAGUCUUCAAGGUCCAUGACACCUUUGGUAAAGGCCGUUCUCCAAUUGGAACACUUGUGGGCCAGUGUUUCCCUGUUGUUGGUGUUUGUACUGCAUUUUUUUGGAUUUGCCUUGAGAGAGUCUUUAAACUUCCGUUGUUGACCAGCAUUACGCUUUCCAUUUUUAAGUUCAGAGUAGAGUACAGUGGACCCUCCGGAUACGAACUUAAAUCAUUCCGGGGGUCCGUCUGCAACCUGAAAAGUCUGUAUCUGGAGGCGCCGCUUCUGCACACACGUGUGGUGCGAUAGAGCGCUUCUGUGCAAGCGCGUGAGGCAAAACCCAGAAGUAUACACUUCCAGGGUUGCUGCGUUCGCAACCCGAAGUUUAUGUAUCCGGAGGGAUACUUAAGUAGAGGUACGACUAGUUGCUUUGGAAGACAAUAAUCAUGCAUCCAAACAACAUGACCAGUCCAACGAAGUUGAUGUUGAAGAAUCAUUGCGUUACCAAUACUUGAACUGCUGUGGUCAAGCUAUAACGGUUACAGCUAUUGCUACCAGGUUUGGUACAGUUAAUAGCAAAUUUUAUAGCAGCCCUUUUUUAGCAGAGCUCAUCUCUGAAUUACCUCACAGAGCUGGUAUGGGACCCCACUGUAAGCCCUAAUGGAUCGUUAGAUAAUCUGACCUAUUUCUCUUUAUAAAGAAAAGUUCUGCAGCCCUACCAGGUAUGGCCAAAGUCAUGCUCUCUGUGGUUUUUAACUCCUUUCUUUCAGAAGAAGCACAUCCGGCACCCUCCCAUAAAGUGUCUGAGUUCCGAAGCAGAAAGCGUACUUUUGAAGAGGCCCUCGCUGCCGGGGAUUUGGUUAAGGGCUCCAGUCCUGUAGCUAGCCAGCCAUGCGUGGGAAAGGCUUCUCAAGGCCAGGUCCUCUCUGAGGAGCCCGUCAAGCAUCUUGGUCUGAAGUCUGGGAAGCGAGAAUGCCUUGCAGCGGAGCCAGAAAUCUCUCCAAGUCAGCUUCUCCAGGAGAAUUCUGCUACUCAUAGUAGGUUUUGCUGUGUGCUGUGAGUUUUUCAUACAAGUAGUGCUAAUUUGCUUAAUACCAGCUUGGCAGGAGAUCAUCUUAUUUAUAUCCUGCUUUUCUUCUGCAGGACUCAAAGCAGCAUAGUGUUUCGUUAGUCCUCCACUGUAUCCUCACAAGCCUGAGGCCAAGCUGAGGGACAAUUACUGGCCCAAGACCAUUCCAUGGAUGAGUGGAGGAUUUGAGCCUGUGUCUACCCAAUCCUAGUCCAACACUAACCACUAUACCCACUGUCCCUAUAAUGUGGGGGGGCGAUAGGGUCUUUCCUAGGGCCAUCUGUCAGGGACUCUUUAGCUGUGGUUCCUGCAUUGCAGUGGGUUGGAUUAGAUGGCCAUAGGGGUCGCUUCGUACUCUACAAUUCUAUGAGAUCUUCUGGCACGUCAGUUUUCUUCCGGCUGCGGCAUGCUAUCCCUCUGAAGACCAAUAGCCCACAUUGUUGUAAUAGCUCUUCGUCUCAUUUUGGGUCUGACAGCUCCAAAGCCAAAGCGCCAACGGAGAUUCGAAGUCGUGAAGAAGCUGGAUUUUGGGACAGAGGAAGAGCGAGCCAUCAAAGAGCCACUUCAGAAUGGAGCAUCUCUCCCUUGUCCUCCAGGUGCCAGUUCUGAACUGCAGGAUGAAAGGUGAGCAUUCUGGUGGGAAGGGGGAGAGCGUUGUUGACUCAGUAUGUUGCCCUCAUUGCACAGUUUUCAAAAUCUCAGUUAGCCCUGCUGAAGUAAUUGAGGAGCCUUCUCUGACCACCUGGUGCCCUCCAGAUAUUUUUGUCUAAAAUUCCCGCCAGCACAGCCAGUGGCCGGACAUUAUGGAAGUCGUAAUUUGACAAGUCUGGAGGGCACCAGGUUCUUGAUUAAAUAGUAGGGUGGUUUUUUUUGUUUAGCUUUUAUCAAGUGCCUAAAACUAGGCACUGUAUGAAAUAUGCAGCAUGACAUGGGGUUGGUGGCUUAGCUGGCUCCUUGGUGAUUUGCGGACUGUAACAUUGGUUCUUCCUAUGAUCAUGGUUACCAUCAGGUUAUGACAUAAGGAUCUCAGGAUGAUGUAACAACGAUACGAUACAAUACUCUUUAUUGUCAUUGUCCCAUACAGAACAAAGAAAUUGAAAAAAAUCUACAUCAGACAUUCAAAAACCAACAAGCCUGGUUAACCCCCUAAAAACUCUGAUACCCCAUAAUUAAAUACAAUAUACUCCCAUAGAGACUACCUUACACUGCAUUUAAAACCAAAAUCACAUUUGGAUAGAAGCUGUUUCUCAGGCAGCUAGUCCUAGUCUUUAUAACCCUGUACCUUCUUCCAGAAGGCAAAAGCUGAAAGAGAUCAUUUCCAGGGUGUGCACUAUUCUGCACUAUCUCUGCAGCUUUCUUAUAACAACAUUUGCCAAGCUGAUUUGGGUAGUCCCAGCAACGUAUAGGCUCCCCAGCUUGUUGUCCUCCAGAUGGGGCCCUGAGGGGCGGGGGGUUAGGGUCUCAGUUCAAAGAGAAUAAAGCCUUUUACCAAAACACCUAAGAGAGCAGGGUUCAAGGUGCAUCAUAAUCUUAACAAGCCCAAUGUGUAAAGCACAGAGAAUCAGUCGAGGUCCUAAACAUUAUGCAGAAACGUAGUCAGGAAACAACCUAAGGUCAGUAUCACAGGGAGUUCAGCAAGGAGGAGAGACCAGUAUUGUUUCCAGCAACAGAAAGGUUAAAGAUGGAGGCCUUAUAUAUGCGGGCCUCCUAGACCACACCCUAACCUCAGCUUCCAGCAGUGAAGGAGUGUCAGGGAUUUUUUAUGCAUGAGUAGACCAACUCUGAAUCCAUAGACAUAUGCUAUAUUGUCACUGACCUGGACCCAAAGCUUUUGAAGCCAGCACUUCUUGAGAAAUGGGUUGCUGCUCCACCUUCUCCUCUGACAGUUUCAGGGGUCUUCACCCAGAGGGAUCUUCAGUGGGAUCCUCCACAUUGCAUUCAGAGGCACUGCCUGCUCCUCAAGGUCUUGUAGGACUUUGAGGUCCUCAACUCUGAGGACUUCAUGUCUGGUGUUAGGUCAGCAUUAGGCGUAACGCAACCCUGGAACACAGUAAAGUUUCAAACAAGUCUAGUGCUUGUGCUUGUUCCCCAAAAUCUGUUCCGACGUCAUUUUUUGAAGGAUGGUGUUGAGCCCUCUGAUGAUUCUUCUCCUUGUGUUUCCUGGACCUCAAAGGACUCAUCUCAAAGCACUUGGGAUCCCAGAUGGCACGGGGGUGAGCGACAUGUUCCCACUGCAUGUUACACCACCAGAAGAAAAAUACAGCAGGAAGGUCCUCAAGCGACCGCCCAUCCUGGGGGACUAUAUCAACGUGACCUCCACUGACGGCACCCGAGUCUUCAUGGUUGUGAAGGAUGAUGGGAUGGGAACGCAGGUACCAGCAGGACCAAGAAGCAGAGCUCUUCUACAGCUCGCUACAUCCACCCUCUUCCUUUCACUGCUGAAGCUCAGGGGGAGGUGGGCAGCCUUCUAUCCUCCUGACGAGACUGGCACUUAAUUUGCGUGAAAAUCUGUUCUUCUUUCUGCAGCUCUCCAGCUCGGUUGGGUGGAACAGAGAGAGGCCGCUUCAGCUAUUGGGCGUCCCAUUCUCCUAUGUAAAGGAACAAGUUACUGAAGAGGUAUUGUCCUUUUGUGGUUUCAGAUCCUUAGUUUGUUCUGAUCCUGAUAACUGUUGUUACCCAGUUCAGAUGCAACAAGAAACUAAGAUUAAUUAAACCUUCAGUCGUGGUGCAACAAAAAGGGGGAGGGAAGUGCACGAGGCCUGUGUGCAUGUGAGUUUAAUAUGCUGAGAUGUGUACCCAAACUGGGAGCUUUGACCUCUCCUGGUAGACGCAUGCAUCAGCCAAACCCCUUUUGAGCAAACCACAGUGGAGUGGAGCAUGAGACAACACUGUGCUCCUGAUAGCCCACUCAAAAUGGGAUGGAGAACAGCAGUGAAGAACCUGUGGCUUUCCCUAUGUCGUUGGUCUCCAGCUCCCAGGAUGGCCCAGGAUGAUGGGAAUUGUAGUCCCACUGCAUCCAGAGGGCCACAGGUUCCACAUUCCUGAAGUACAGAAUAGCUUCAUCCAGUUCAGAUUUUGCUUUUAAAUGAAGAUGCACCUUAAAAGUGAAGGAUGAAAUUCUUGUCAUGCAACACAAGCACACACUCUUCGUCCUCCACUACGUGAGUGUUUUUGCUUUUAGUUUUAUAUUCUCCUUUUCAUUCCAGCGCCGGAGACAGAUCCGUGAGUCUUCACAGAAGCUGACAGAGGUUCUGAACAGGUGGGCUUGGUGGUUCUUCCUCCUAAAGGCUUUUCUAGGGUAAUAGGAAGCUGAAUUAUCCCGAGUCAAGCCAUUGCUUGAAAUGGGUCGGUAUUACCUAUGACAAAGGUGGGAAGCAUUUUUGUUUAUUUCUUUGCUUCAAGGACCACAUUAGCUGGUAGGCAACAUUCUGGGGGCUGCUGUCCAGUGAUGGGUGAGACCAGAGGCAAAGUAGGUGGAGCAGUGAUGGUGAGACUUUUGUACAGCAGUUUGUUCUGAUCCUGAUAACUGUUGUUACCCAGUUCUUAGCUUCUUAGAGCUGCGCAAAAGUCUUUGAGGUUUCUGUACGCCCUCUCACAUUGUGGUCCUCCAUCCAAGCAGGCAAGAGCUCAAGGACAUAUCACAGCCAGGCCAGAGCACUUGAAGAGGGGAUGGAGGAUAGGACUUGCAAAUGAGUGUGGCCCAGGGAGAGUCCAAGGGCCAGAUAAAGCCCUGGAGGGCCAUAUUCCCCCAGGUUGUCUAUUCUGAGUGGCAGUGGCUUUCACACACAACCUGGGACUUUCUACCACUCAACUAGAGCCCUUUCUCUCUUUCUCCUGGAUUGGCAAGUUCAGCCUUGGAUAAAUACACAGGCAGAGACGUAUGCUUGGAUUCAGAACAGAUAAAAGAAGGUUUUUCCUCAUUCAGCACAACUAUGGAACUCGCUCGCACAGAAGCAGUGAUGGCCACCAACAUGGAUGGCUUUAAAAGAAAAUUGGACAAAUUCUUGGAGGAUAAGGCUUUUGAGGGCUACUGGCCAUGAUGGUUAGGCCAGGGGUAGCCAAAUGCAGCCCAAUCGCCUUCUCAAUCCGGCCCGUGGACGGUCCAGGAAUCAGCAUGUUUUUACAUGAGUAGAAUGUGUGUUUUUAUUUAAAAUGCAUCUCUGGGUUAUUUGUGGGGCAUAGGAAUUCGUUCAUUCCCCCCCAACACACAAAAAUAUAGUCCAGCCCACCACAUGGUCUGAGGGAUGGUGGAUCGGCCCAUGGCUGAAAAAGGUUGCUGACCCCUGGGUUAGGCUCUGCCUCCACAGUCUAAGGCAGCAAUGCUUCUGUGGUUGCUGGAAACCACAAGAGGGGAAAGGGCUCUUGUGCUCAGAUCUUGUUUGUGGGUUUCCUAUUGGGGCAUCUGGGUGGGCACUGUGAAAUUAGGAUGUUGGACUAGAUGCUACAUGAGGCAUUGGCCUGAUGCAGCAGAAUGUUCUAGUAGAUGAGCAGGAAGUUUUUGAGCUCUGCCAAUAGGUAGUCUCCCCAUCCAGCAAUAUAGUGCUUUCAAAGUAACUCUUCCUUCUUGCAGGUGUCUUGGGGAUGAGGAGACUCAGAUCGAAGCCUCAGCUCCCAGUGAGGAAGAAGGGAAGUCUGGCGCAGCGGAAGAGGACGGGGAGGAGGCUCAGGGGUCCCUAUGGGUUGAUCGGUUCGCUCCCAGGCAUUACGUGGAAUUGCUCAGUGAUGAUGUAAGAGUUUCUUGUCAACCGUUGCUCUUUAGGGGGCACCAUUUCUCCAUGCAGCUUGCAGCUGCCUUGCAGAAGCGCAGCAGUUGCAGCUGAGUAUAAAAUUCCCCUAGGGAACCCGGGUGUCCUUUCUAAGUUUCUAGUCCCUGUGGUGGUAAAGAAAAGCUUGAGGGGGGGAAUGGUCUGGUGAAAGUGGAAGCUAAGAAGGUUUAAUUGGAGACUGUUUUCCUUCAUCGUUCAGUAGUGCUCCUGUAACACAGUUUUACCGCCAAACACAUUCUGAAUAGUAUAUAAUUGGAAGUUUGCAUGUUCUCUCAGAAACAGGGCCUGGCCCCAAUACAAAAUGGGUAAAGCAGUUUGUUUCUAAUGAAAGAAUGUGCAGGUCUCCAUCUAUUUUAAGCCUUCUUAACCCCCUUUUUUUUACCUGAGUAUUGCUACUUAUUCUUUGCAAUUUGCCAGGAGGCUUUGGUGCAAAGACUGCCCUAUGUUAGGCAACUCACAAAUGAAAAUAAUAAUAAUUAACAUAAGCAGUUGGGUCACCACCAAAAAGGCCCUCUUUAUCAUAAGUGGUACUCAGAGGAGGGCCUCUGAAGCUGACUGGAAAUUUCUGUGUGUUUUGCCUCAUCUGAGGAAGGUUGACCUGACCGUCUUCUCUCUGACCCCUCAGUACACAAACCGCUGCCUUUUGAAGUGGCUCAAGCUUUGGGACACUGUUGUGUUUGGGAAGGAGAAGCCCACCAAGAAGCCCAAGACAAGCACUGAGGCUCACCAGACAUCCAGACACCCCAAAGAGCAGCAGAGCAAAUGGAAGAGCAAAGCCCAGUUGACAGAAGAGGCCCUGGAGGCCGAGCUGGACCAUCACAACCGACCAAAAUACAAAGUGAGGGAGGCUGGCUGCGGUGGAGAAGGGCGUUGGGGCCAGGGGGUUGUCCACAUGGAUCCUGUAGGCAGCUGGGCAACUUCUAGGGCACUUGCAAAAGGUCUCAGCAAAUAUCCCCUCAAAAAUCCAUAAGAGGCUGUUUGCUUGGCCUAAUCAUUUCCAGUUCACGCUGCCUUGGCCUCUCACAGUACAGUGGUGCCUCGCAAGACGAAAUUAAUCCGUUCCGCGAGUCUCUUUGUCUUGCGGUUUUUUCGUCUUGCGAAGCACGGCUAUUAGCAGCUAUUAGCGGCUUUAAGAAAAAGGAAACAAACUCGCAAGACGUUUCGUCUUGCGAAGCAAGCCCAUAGGGAAAUUCGUCUUGCGGAAUGACUAAAAAAAGGAAAACUCUUUUGUCUAGCGGGUUUUUCGUCUUGCGAGGCAUUCGUCUUGCGGGGCACCACUGUAAACGCAUAGCAGGCAGAUCUGGAAAGGCCCGGAAAAGUCCUACGGAAAGGCAAACAGCUGCAGUCGUUGAUGUUCUAAGUGUGGAGGAAACGAGAGGGGUGACCUCUCUUUGGAAUACCCUUCUCCACCGAGGGAGUAGGUGCAAAAUGGAAAGCCAGUGCAGUGAUUAAAAUUUGCAAAAUGAAUGUGCAGGCUGAUCCCAUGCAUAUUUAUCCACACGCAUCCCACACUAGAAGUUGUGGAUAUCCAAUGACGCUGAACAUUGGGAAAUUCAGGGCAGAAAAAUGAAAGGACUUUUCAUGCAGCACAGAGUUAAACUCUGGAGCUCGCUCCCACAGGAGGCAGGAUUUGCCACCAACCUAGAUGGCUUUAAAAGAGGAUUAGACAAAUUCAUGGAGGAGGCUUUUGAGGGCUACUCACCACAGUGACUAUGCUCUGCCUUCAUGGUUUCAGGCAGUGAUGAUUCUGAAUCCCUGUUGCUGGAACCACAGGAGGAGAGAGACUCUUGUGCCCGAGUCCUGCUUGUGGGUUUCCCAGAGGCAUCCAGUUGGCCACUGUAAGAACAGGAUUCUGGACUAGUUGGGCCACUGGCCUGAUCCAGCAGGCUGUUCUUCUGUUCUUAACCUCUUACACUACAAAAAUUGGAAUAGGAGCUUAGAUCCACACCUGGUCGUAACAAAGUGAAAGCUGAGGCUGACCUUUCCAUGGAUAAAAUGUUUGGGGAAUAUGUUCCAAUUCCCUUUUUCCUUUUAAGGUGUAAAAAGUGCUUGCAAGGUUUGCUGUAAAGCCCUGGAUUUUGAUGUUCUCUUUGUUUGUUGCCUGCAGGUUGCCCUCCUGUGCGGACCACCCGGCCUGGGGAAGACCACUUUGGCUCACGUCAUUGUGAAACAUGCUGGGUACAAUGCAGUGGAGAUGAAUGCCAGGUGAGCCAGCCAAGCAGCUUUUUGCCUUUCUCUGCGUUCCCUGCCACCUGCAGUUCUCGUGCGCUCAGGCUAAGCCACUGCAAGACUACAAAUGCACUGUGGCUAGAGUACUAGAUGCAGGCGUCGCAGGUUCAUGUCCCCUCUAGGCCCUGUGGGUGACCUUUUGGAGGCUCACUUGUUUCCUUGUCACAUCUGUGAAAUGGGUGCAAGUCAUGACAUAAGUUACAGACUUGGCUUAAGCCACCUUACAGGCUGUAUUCCUUUAUUUCAUAUGUGGGGAACCUUUGGUUCAGUACAACCUGAACUACAACUUCCAUCAUCCCUGGUCAUUGGCCAUGCUUGCUGGGCCUGAUGGGAGUUGUAGUUCAGGUUGUACUGAACCAAAGGUUCCUCACAUCUGCUUUUAUGCAGAGUAACAAAAAGACAAGAUCCUGCCUCGAGGAGUACAGAAUCUAAUAUUUGACAGCAGGAGCAGCAAAAGAAGGCAAGGCAAGGAAUCAAUGUGUAGUUUCAGAUGCACAUGAUCGGAUUAGAUUUACACAGUAGGGCAUGAGAGGUGGUAGGUUGAGUCAAAGGCUUCACUGAAAUGUUGGGUUUUCAGCAAGAAUUUUAAAGUAGCAUGAAAGGUGCCACUACGCAGCUCUCUUGGGAGACAAUUCCAGGCCAGCAAUUCUGUAUCAGCCCCUCCCCAGAAAAGGGGCCAACUUUGGAUCCAGCAGAUGUUGGGAUAUUCAGGACAGAUAAAAGGAAGUACUUCUUAAUGCUGAGCGUAGUUAAAUUAUGGAAUUCAAUUAUCCUCUAUCGGCACACUUCUGCCAAACUUUCUGAGGCAAGGUUUUUGUUUCAGCGAUGACCGUAGCCCCGAUGUCUUCAAAACGCGGAUUGAAGCAGCCACCCAGAUGAAGUCUGUGCUAGGAGCCAAUGAGAAGCCCAACUGCCUGAUUAUUGAUGAAAUUGACGGGGCUCCUAUGGUGAGAGAGAAUUUCUUCAUGUAAGGUGGAGAGUGUGUGUUGGCCAUGAGGUGACCCCAUCCCUUCCCCACCAAGAAUUUAACUUUCCUUCUGUUCUGUUCUUCACUGUUCUCUUCUUCAGGCAUCCAUCAAUGUGCUGUUGGGCAUCAUCAACCGUAAAGCAGCAGAGGUGGAAUCGGGCGGGAGUACCAGUGGGGCAAGCGGCAAGAAAAGACGAAAAGAAGGAGGGCUCCUUCUGCGGCCAAUCAUCUGCAUCUGCAAUGACCAGUAAGAUUCUGUCUGGGCAAGCGUGGCAUAGUGGUCAGACUAGGACCUGGGGGAGACCAGGGUUCAAAUCCCCACUGGGUGGGGGGCCGCUAGGGGCGCCUUGGAAGAUGGCGGAUAUUAACAUCUAUCCAGCUCGCACGAGGUAAUUAGAGGCUGAUUAUGGGGAGUAAAUCAGUCUCCCUCAUCUCUCCAGGGGGGAGAGAUGCAGUUUUCACCCGCUGUUGCCAUAAAUCAUCCCCGAGUUCAGAAGAAGGAGGGGGUGAGGCACUGGGUGCACAACCCUCGGCGGGCUACUUCCGAAGCUACUUCCAGGAGCGAAACUAGUUGCGUUACUUAAAAGGAAAAAAAUUGGUGAAAGAUAACACACAUGCUUCAAGAGAAGCAGGAGGUUUUUAUCUGCUAACAAUUUUACCACUGAAAUGAAGAAGAUUGAGACGGAAGAUUACAUCAAAGUACUACAGACAUGCUGGUAUGUGGAUUGGAGUGCAACGGAACUGAAGGGGGGGGAUGACUUUUUAUCUUUUUUUGCUCUAUGUGAUUAACUAAUAACCCUCCCUCUUAGAAGAUCCGUCACAGCAACUAAUUGGCAAAUGGGACUAAAAAUGAACUGUGUGGGAAUAAUAUGAAUUUAAAGGUUUUACUCUGUAAAGGAUAAAGAAGAAGGGCUCUCUUUGUGACGCAGUUAGAAUGGAGAUUUGAUACGAGACCUGUGUUGCAGGAGGUUUGGUCUUGGGGAGGGCGAGCCGAAGAUUUAUUACUUUUGAUGAGAUUGCGAACUGGAAGGGGCAGCCCUCCUGGAAAAAGACUAAUUUACGAUGCAACAGGUCGGGAAAGUUAAAGAGCGAGCUUUUGGACUGUAUUUCAUCGGAACGACAAGAUGGCGAGUGCUUGCUCGAGCGGAAAAGCCUGGAAUAUUGGGGUUUACAAGAGAGCAGUACAAAGUCCACACAGAAAUACAAACAAGACUGUUUUUUUCAACCCACUUGCGGAGCAAUUCGGAGGUGAAUGAAAAGGAAAAUGAGUAAUGACAAGGAUUGAGAAGAGGGGUCUGGAAAUAUCAUUCUUAAUGUGAAAGCAGAAAACAGUUGAGGAUUGGACUCCUGCCGAUCAAGAAGCAUGGGUACCCCCCACAAAAAUUUAUAAUUUGGAAAAUAAUUGGAUUACAUGAUAUGUAUUGUUAUAAUUUGGAUUAAUUGGUUUGAUGUGUUUAAUUUGGUAAUAUGAAAAUUAAUAAAAAAUUAUUUUAAAAACAAAAAACAAAUCCCCACUGGGUUGUGAAGCUCACCAGGUGACCUUGAGCAAGUCACUGCCCUCAGCCCAACCUACCUCACAGGGUGGUUGUGGAGAUUAAUUCAGAUGGGGAAGCACCAUGUAUGUCACCUUGAGCUUGGAGAAAACAGUGGGAUAUAAAUGUAAUCAAAUAAAUAAAUUCUCACAGAUGGGAGCAUUGCUACACUACCUGUUCGGAGGUUGAAGCAAAGCAUUGUGGGAAUGAUAUUGGUCAUCUUGACGGGUUACUGUUUAUCGGUAGGGGCCUAAAAAACUUCAUUUCCCACAUUAGGCCUGCCAGAUCUUGAGGAUCUUGAGAUCUUGAGGUCUCCUGAAUUUUCAAAGCUGAAACUUGAAAAAUCCCGUUAUUAGAUUUGAAACCCUGAACAUGUGUAUCUUUUGUGUCACUCCCACCCACCCUUUGAUUUCUGUAUUCUUCUGUCUCUGGACUAAAAACCCUCUCUCCUCUCAGCCCUGACUAACUCUACUCUCAGAACCUUUUUGUCCACCACAAUGACAGCCAGAAACUUGUACUACAUACAAACUAGAGAUGAGGAAGAAUGGCCAACUAAGCUGUUGGGCUAUUCCAAAAUGGCAAAACUGACCAGAAAGCACAGGAACCAAGAAAACCAAAACUUCAACAAAGAAUGGGAAAAUUUUUAUAAUUUACUUGAGAGACCACUGUCAGCUGAUGCAAACAUUAGCAGGAUUACAAUAACACUUGUAACGUAGAAGAUUUUAUGGACAAAAUGCAGAGACAUAAAAUCUGGAUGAUGAAAUAAUAUGCAGUUGAAAAGGUUUAUAAUAGGACCCAUGGAGGGGAAAGUGGGAAGUCUAAAGAUUCGGAGAAAUCGCUAAAAAUGGAUAUUGCCAUUUUGUAUUGUUAUAACUCUACACUUGUAAAAUAAAAUAAAAAUUAUUUCAAAAAACAAAUUGACUGGGAAAAUUAGAUACCUAAGAGACCAAAGGUUCAUCGAAGACUGGGGGAAAUUUGCGGAAUAUCUGGAAAGUAUAAGUGAGGGACAGAUAAUGCUAGAGGGGUUUAAAAAAGCACUGUGAAAAACUAAGAAGUAUUGUCUAAAGAGAAAGGAAACUAAGGAUAUAAAUAAUGUCAAUACAAAUUACGAAAUGCAUAUUUAAAAUAAUGACUAUGGAUGAUUUACGGAGAAGCUGAAGGAAGUCCAGAAAAGAAGCAAUUUGUGAAAAUUGGAUGUGAAAUUUUAUGUAUGUUUUGUUUUGUUGUAAAUUAAUAAAAAAUUAUAUAAAAAAACAAAAAACAAAUUAUUUCCCUGCCAAUAUACAUCUCUGCCUCUUCUCUUUUUCUAGGUACGUCCCUUCUCUGCGUCUGCUGAGACAACAAGCCUUCCUUCUCAACUUCCCCUCAACAGCCCCAUCCCGGCUGGUUCAGAGGCUGCACGAAGUAAGACCCAGACCCAAUAUAAUUUAUUCUUCCGUUGCCUUGGGACUAUACUUCCCUGCAGCAUGAACUUUGUACCUGUGUCAGCCUUUAAAGAACUCACCUGGCCUGGUGGCUCUUUCUGUGGCGAGGAACAUGGCCGCCAGGCAAGCAAUUCAGGGAAGCUUGGCAAAAGCUAGCUCACUUCUUCAUUAUGUUUCUUUAUUAUCCAUUCAGUUUUAUUAUUUUUAAUAAAUAUUUUACACAGUUUUGUGUAGACCGCUUAGGUCUUUGUUGAUUAAGCAGUAUAUGUUUGGAAAGUUGAUUCGACUUUUAACCUAUUUCUACUCCGUUGUUAUGUUAUCUUUUUGAAAGUCUUAAAAUAUAAGGGUUAAUUUUUCAUAGUGCUAAUUUUAUUAUAUUUAACUUUUCUGCAAACCGCUUUGAGGGUUUUUAAAAAAAAAAAAAAUGUUCACAUGUGCAGCUGCCUCUAAUAUACAUAUUUUUGCAUUUCAGAUCACCGUUAAGCAAGGCAUGAAGGCUGACACAGGGGCCCUCUUGGCAUUGUGUGAAAAGGCAGAGAAUGACAUUCGCUCUUGUAUUAACACCCUGCAGGUAACUUCACAUACCCCACUUUCCUCUUAUAUCAGGGAUGGACGAGAAUUUCUAUUUUGUUUGCAUUUUAAUGAGGAACCACCUCAUUCUCACUUCAAGAAUCUAUGCACAAACCAAAACUUAGCCCUUCUUUGAAAUUCACACUUGCCUGAGUUUUGUGAUGCAGUUCUCUAUUUGAUUAACCACAACAAAGGCACAGAAGUGCAUACAUUAGGGGAAAAUGUGUACGAAAACACAUAUUUGGGUGAAAAUCACGUUAAAAUGUGCACUGUUAGGGGGGAAUUGCUUUCAGAAAAACGUGUGUAUUAAUCAAAGCUGCAUAGAAGAAUGUGUUUAUUAGGAGAACUUUGCACCAAAAUGCCAAGGAAUUUUCAUGAGAGAAAUAAAAUAAAUAAAAAUGUAAAAAUUAUUUGUGACUGGCCCACGAGCAUCUGGUGAGCUUUAUAGCUGAAUGAGGAUUUGAACCCUGGUCUCUCCUAUGUCCUCUUCCAACAUUAACCACUGCACCACUUUAACACUUUAUUGCAAACUGAUGUGAAAAUGUGGAGAACUUAGUAAAAGGGCUUAGUAAAAGAGGAAACUUGGAGAGUCUGAAAUUGACAGGCCCGUCAACCCCGUUCCAUGUCCUCAAAUCUCCCUUUGUUGUCUUUCUAAGUUCCUGCACAGUCGAGGUAAGAAGGAACUGAACGCGAGGACCGUGCAGACCACGCAGGUUGGCUCUAAAGACCAGAACAAAGGGCUGUUCUCCAUCUGGCAGGAGAUCUUCCAGCUUCCAAAAGUGCAGAGGUGAGGAGAGGGAGCUUCUGUGCUUCAUUCGGCAGAUCCUUUAGAACUUAAGAGGAGCCCAUUGGAUCAGGCCAAUGGCCCAUCUAGUCCAGUGUCCUGUCCUCACAAUGGCCACACAGGUAACAGGGGGAAACCCUCAAGGAGGACCCAAACUCUAAAAAGCACGCUCUCCUCCUGUGGCUUCCAGCAACUGGUAUUCAGAAGCAUUACUGCUCCCAAUUGUGGAGGCAGAGCAUAGCUAUCCUGGCUAGUAGCCAUUGAUAGUCUUUUCCAUGGACUUGUCUACUCCUCUUUUAAAGGCAUCUAGGUUGGUGGCCAUCGCUGCCUCCUGCGGAAAUGAGUUCUACAGUUUAACUAUGCGGUGCAUGAAGAUGGACUUCCUUUUAUCCAUCCUGAAUCUCCAAAAACAUUCAGCUUCAUUGGCUGCCCACCAGUUCUAGUGUUACAGGGCGGGGGGGGGGAAUUAUCUGGCCACUUUCUCCAUGCCAAUUUGUCCCUUCCAAGGUGGAUUUUGGGGUAUAUUUUUUAAUAGAAGUGCAAAAAUGCACCAGGUUUUAAGGCUGCAAGGGAUUUUGCAAACUGAACUAAUGUUUUCAGACAUGACAUCUGUUUGAUUUUUUCUCCUUUUAAUUAUGUUAUUUAGACCGUCAAAAGCUGCAGAUUCUUUCUUUUUUUCCUGAUGUUUGUGCAUGGAGGACCUGUAUUUGGUAGAACAGUGUGAGAUAAAUUUUAAAAUUACUUAUUUGGCAAUGCUUAAAUACUGCUUAGAAUUUAAGUGGUUUACGUAAAGUAGUAUGCUGUACGGUAUUGAUUAUUUUUUAAAAGGUGAUUAAAAAUUAUGAAAAUAUAGCAAAAAUUAUUUGUUUUGAAAACAAAAGUACAUAAUGAAAUCCCGUCUCCACAUUUUGACAACCACAAAGUUCACUGUUGCUUGAUUUCCCCCCUGCCUUUCCCUCCCAACCACCAUGGGGAAGCUUUAAACUGCAUGACCAAUCUUAACCCUUCUGCUUCCUGCUUCUGUUCCAAGGCAGAGAAUCAGUUUGGACCCUUCAAUUCCGGCUCACCUCCUUGCUAACGGGGGCGAUGACAACCUGUUCCAUGCGACCUCAGCUAGAGCUUCCCUUAAUCCAAAUGCCCAAAGGUUUCACCACAUCCUGCAUCUAAGCAUGUCCUCAGGAGAACAUGAAAAGCUUACCCAGGCAUGUAGUUUGUGUUUCAUUUUUCGCUUUGGUGUGAGAAAGCAAAAUUCAGACCACUAGUUCAGAUCCUUAUCUCCCCAUGUCCUUCCCACCCCCAGAUAUAUAUUAUCUAGAGCUUGGGCCAAGUUAUAAUACUUAAGAAACAGAAAUAUAUUAUUUUUUUAAAAAAAAAAUUCCAGUAGCACCUUCGAGACCAACUAAGUUUGUUCUUGGUAUGAGCUUUCAUGUGCAUUCACACUUCUUCAGAUACAGAGGCACGCAAAAUUAUAAUGACUUGAAGACAUUCAGAAUGAAACCUAAAACUUAGAAAAACACUACAUGUGGAUUUCAGAAUUCCACCAUCUUUCAAAAGCUUAUUCAGUUAAAAGCUGUGAUUCUGAAAGUUGGUCAGGCUCUGAAUUUGGUGAAUUUCAUACAGAUGAAAAGCCCAGAGCUGUAGGGUAGCCUCUGUGAAUGCCUUUCAGUGUUGCAUUUGGGGGUUGCAGUUCAACAAAAGAUACUGGCUGACACCUUGGCCACAUUCACAGCAUACAUUCAAAGCAGUAUAAUACUGUUUUAUACAGACAUGGGCUCCCCCCCCCCACAAGCAUUGUUAUGAAUUUGUGGGGUGCCUGGACUCCCUGCUUCUAAUUCAUGGACACUCCUUCUAAUUCCUGGGUGACAGGCACUGGAUUUAGCAUUUUAAAGUAAAGCCAGAUUGGCUUCCCAUGUUCGAGGGAUCAUCUGGAAUGGGCCAUUAAGGAGAACAAAAGGAAAGUGAUGAGCCAUUAGAAAUCUCACCAGAGAGAGCAGUAACUCCUUCAGAUCAGAGUGAGUUGGAAUACAAAAGGCUGCUGUGGCUAGGGGAGAAGGCAGAACCUCUUGGGGUGUCAAUGCUUUAAGCCCCUCCAUCGUAGGCUAAGAUGCUAUAUAUGUGUAAAUAAAUCACAUACAGUCAUACCUAGGGUUAAAUAUGCUUCGGGAUGAAUAUUUUCGGGUUGUUCACCGCAGCGACCCGCACGUAACGGAGCGCGUUACUUCUGGGGUUCUCUGCUCGCGCAGACGCUCAAAAUGACGUCACAUGCGCGGAAGCGGCGAAUCGCGACCCGCAGGUGCGGGUUGCGUUUGCUUCAGGAUGCGAAUGGGGAUCCAGAACGGAUCCCGUUCUCAUCCAAAAGUACCACUGUAUCAUGAAGAUGCCACAGUUUGUGUUGUGCCUCAUUUCCAAAGGAAACAAAAACCCUGGAACUUUGCAGCACUCAGAAAUUGGGGUAGCAUACAACAAUGUCUUGGAAGCUGUAUUUUGUUGAAGGCUCUGAGAGGAAUUGAACUACAAUUCCAAGAGUGGUUUAACGGUCAGUCUUUCUCACAGGGAACUCAGGGAAUUGUAGCUCCAUGAGGGGGAAUAGGGCGUCUCCUAACAACUCUCGGGACGCUUAACAAGCUACAAGUCCCAGAAUUCUUUGGGGGUGAGCCAUGACUGUUUCACAAGCGCAUGGUUGUGACUGUGGCUUGUCUCUGCUUCCCUUGACAGGGCUUGUAUGACAACUUCCUGAACAUGAAGAUAAAGGACUCCGCCUUUGACUCACUCUGCCUGGCCUUGGAGUGGCUGGGCUUCUCCGACCUGGUGAACAAGGCAGUCCUGCACAGGCAGAACUUCCAGCUCAUGCGCUACUUGCCCUUCCUCCCCGUCGCUUUCCACUUGCUCUUUGCCGCUUCCAGCGUUCCCCGCCUGGCCUACCCCAACAGCCAGCACGAGGCAUGUAUUGAGAGAGGAGUGGUCGUGGGCAGAGCCAGGUGUCACAAGCCAAGCAGCGGUGUCUUGGCGGGGGUGGGUAGAUCCCGUGGGGAGGGCGAGAGAUCAGGAUCUGGAACUUCCAGGGGCCCAAUUGGAAUCAAAAGGAAGAGGCAGGGUGUGUGGAGCUUGUUGGAGUUUACACUUAGCCAUGCAGUUCACCUGCAGUCCCUUUAACCCUAGCCGGGCCUAUGCAUUGCUCAGAUUCAUGCAUUGAAGAGCUUGGCAGAACCCAAAACCUGAGUUUGAGUUCAUCCAGGAAUGUGAGACUGCUCUGCACUACAGUAGUACCUCGGGUUACAGAUGCUUCAGGUUACGCGAUUUCGGGUUGCGCACUGUGCCGAACCCGGAAAUACCGGAAUGGGUUACUUCCAGGUUUCAGUGCUCACGCAUGCGCAGAAACGCCAAGUCGCAACCCACGCCUGCGCAGAUGCAACGCUGCGAGUUGCAAACACUGCGGGUUGCGAACGUGCUUCCUGCACGGAUCACGUUAGCAACCCGAGGUUCCACUGUAGUUGUAUUUCUUUAUGCUCUGAGGCAGCAAGGUGCUACAGUAUUGAGAAUCGUCCAAGAAUCAUUACUUAGGUAACCUGUUGCAGACUUUGAAGAACUAUUAAUAGCUGAGGAAGUCCUUCGGGGCGAAACAAGGAAAUAAUCCUGAAACCUUGUUCUACCCUCUACCCUACCCAGCUGCCUGAGCCAGCCUGCCUGUGUCUGCUACCUGUGCUAGCCAGACUCAUCAUUGUCCGUAACAUUCCAGGGACUUUUCCUUAACCACAUUCAAGGACUGUAACAUAUAAACUAAAAUAAGAAUGUACAGUACAACCUCUACUUACAAUCAUAAUCCGUUCCGGAGGCCCGUCCGCUGGGCGAAACCGGACACUAGUAGAGGCGUCGUUGUGCACGUGCGCAUUCAGUGGCAGCGCACUUCUGUGCACGCGUAGAUGGCGGCAGCCGCUUGUGUGCACGCGCAGAUGCAGAAGCCGCUUCCGUGCAUGUGCGAAUCGUGGCAAACCCGGUGUUUACUUCUGGGUUUGCCGCAGUCGCAACUUGGAACGUCCGCGAGAAGAGGUGGAUGUAAGUCGAGGUUCCACUGUACAGUAUGAAGAAAGGAAGAAAUAUAUCUUCAUUGGAUUUAAUUAAAUAGAUUAUAUCCCUUGCUUAAGGAUUGUUUAUGGUAUACAUCCUGGACUUGAUUCGUAUGAUAGGAAAUAACCAGUAAAGAAAUUUGUUACAAACAUUACCACUCAGCCUGUUGCACUCUAUUGCAUCUGCAUAACAAGGUAUUGUAUUUGUUCUGACCCUGAGGCAGCAAGGGGCAUUCCUAAUUAAUCCUGAGUCCAGGCUUGUUCAGUUUUCUCCUUGAUCCUGGAGCUUACCAGUUUCCAAAGCUGGUGUACCUACUAUUGUCAUCGCUCAGUGGCCCAGCACCUUGUUUUGCAUGAAGAAGUUCCCAGGUUCAAUUCCCAGCCUCUCUGUGGACAAAUAACUGACCAGGUACAAAGCAGUUUCCUUUGUAUCUGCAUAAGUUCUGCUAGGCUGAGCUUUCACAUCUUGCGGAAGUCUGACAACGUUCCACGUCAUGAUGAUAAAACAUAACUUGGAGACUGACAGCUCACUUGGGCCGCUUGUUUUGUUUUUCUCAAGUCCCUGGUGAAGCUGACUCGGAUGCAGAACCUCAUUGCUUCCAUGAUGUCUGGGAUCACGCCAACCUCCCGCAGCCGUGCCGGACCGCAAUCUCUCGUCCUUGAGGCCCUUUGCCUCCUCUUGGAGAUUAUCUCACCGAAACUGAGACCGGUAAGGAAGCCCUUCUGUUAUGAGAAUUUUAUUUUCAUCAUCAUAUAUAUGUGAUUUAUUGCCCACCCCUUACCCUAAGGUCCCAGGACUGAUCACAGCCAUUUAAAAUACCAUAAUAAACCACAGUUUAAUACAAAUUACAUUCACAAAAGUAGUCUGGGUCAUAAAACUAUACAUCACAUGUGUCAAAGGCCCAGGGUAAACAGGCACAUCUUCACCAUACCGCCAAAAACUGUAUAAUGAAGUUCCCAGACGUGCAUCUGUGGGAAGGAAGUUCCACAACUUGGUGACUGUCACAGAGAACACCCUCUCACUGGCCAUCUCUACCCCGGCUGCUGAGGGUGGUGGAACUGCCCAGUUCCUAUCCCCGAGUGCCCCUUAGGCCUCAAACAUUCCCUGUGAAUAUGAAAACUGGGAAUUUUGGACUACAACUCCCAUCAGCUCUAGUCAGCACAGCCAUUCUGACUUUGGCCAUGCUCGCUGAGGCUGAUGGGAGUUGUAGUUCAAAACAUCCGGAGGCCACUGGGUUGGUGAAGGCUGCUUUCCUGGGCAUGGCAGUCGAUGUUAGUUUGGUGAGUCUCCCCAUUCCACAGGCUUCAUUCGUCACCCUUUGAAACCCCUGUGUCCCUUGCCAGCUGCUUUUGUUUGCCACGUGAGGAUUGUCUGCCCAUUCCUGAAACAGUGAGCAAAGGACACCCUCCCUGCCCAAGUGGACUGCCAAGGCCAUCCCGUCCCGGUCCUCUGUCCUGAGCUUUACCUCAGGGGACCUUCUUGCGUUGCAAGGCUAAAGGGGACAGUUAUGCAAGUGCUGGCAGAAGCAAAGACCUGAAGGGAAACAAUUAAUUCCGUGGAUGAGAUCUGUACCCGAAAAAAUAAAAUGACAGCAGGUGUCCUGUCCUGUCCUUCUCUCCCCCGCCAUCCUGUUUGUGUCACAAAAAUCUUUUGUCUGCUUGGUGUCCAUUGCCCUUCAAAUCACGGUACAUGAACAGGCUGUUGGGAAUCUUUGAAGGUCAAAAAAGAAGUAGCAGGCAUGGCUUGCUUGAGUCCUCUGGGCCUCGUUGCUUACACUGCGCAUAAUGCUUGAAGCACUCGGAGGCUGGUAGCAGAGUGGCCGUUCUCCUGGCACAUCUGCAUCUGAUGGGUGGAACUUUGGAACUCGCUCCUGCAGGAGGCAGGGGUGGACUCCAACUUGGAUGGCUUUAAAAGAGGGUCAGAGGAAUUCAUGGAGUAGGAAUCUGACACAGUGGCUAUGCCCUGACUCCAUGGUUGGAGGCAGCAGUACUUCUGAAUACCAGUUACUGGAAACCACAGGAGGGGAGAGGGCUCAAAUCCUGCUUGCUGGUUUCGCAUUGGGGCAUCUGUUUGGCCACUGUGAGAACAGAACUUGAUGGGCCAUUGGCCUGAUCCAGCAGGCUCUUCUUACAUUCAUAUGUGAUGAAAUUCUUAACAGCGGAACAGAGAUUUUAGAUCAGGUGUAGGGAGGAACAGCUCCCUAGCACAUUGGCCAUGCUGGCUCAGAUGUGAGUUGUAGUUCAGCAACAUCUGGCAGGCCAGAGGUUCCUCACACGUGGUGCAGAUUUGCCGGUUAAAGUUGCUCUGGAGUAAGUGGGUUUCCCAGUGGGUUCCUACAUUUAUUUAGAGGGUUUUUACACCACUCUCCAGCCAGAAAGGCUCCCAGAGCUUCUUACAUACAACCAACUAAAACUAGACCGUCCGUGCCUGUAAGCUUGCAAUCUAAAGGACACAACACGAAAAGAAAGACGGGCACGGAGGGAAGAGGGGUAAAAGCAAAUGGGCAGGCAGCCAUUUCCCCCACCCUGUCCUUGGCAGCCAGAUACAACAAAGCUGUCCCCAGGCUAUAGUUUUGCCCACUGUGUGGGUCCUCUCUUAACUCUCUGCCCUUAUCCAGUGAAGGAAAGGCCACCCAAAAGUGCGUCUUACUCCUUAUUUAACCCGCCGGUCCCUGUGCUCUGCAGGAGAGGGGCAUCCUCUAGCAAAUCAAUGUAUGCAGUUAGUCCAAGUCAGCCAUAAGAUGUUGCCUUGAGGUCUAGUAGCAUGAAGUAGCAAGAGAGAUUCCUACUCACUGUCUUCCAUUUGCAAUUUCCAGGUGAACACCCAGCUGUACAGUCAGAAAGAGAAGCAGCAGCUGGGGGAGCUAAUCAACACCAUGUUGGCGUAUAAUCUUACUUACCACCAGGAGCGGACCCCUGAAGGGCAGUAUGUCUUCACGCUUGACCCGUGAGUACUGUAUAAGACAGGCAUGGCCAACAUGGCCCUCCAGCUUUUGGGGGGACUACAACUCCCAUCAUCCAUAGCUAACAGGGCCAGUGGUCAGGGAUGAUGGGAAUUGUAGUCCCCCCAAAAGCUGGAGGGCCAAGUUUGGCCAUGCCUGGUACAAGAGCAUCAGGAGAGCCUGCCUGCUGGGGACUGUCUGGUCCAACACCCUGUUUUCUUGUUCUGAUGGGGACAUGAGUGCAGCAGCACUCUCCCGGCCUGUGAUUCCCAGCCUACUGCCUCCAUCAGAACACAGUCAUCAUAGCUUUUGAUAGCCUUAUGCUCCAUGGAUUUUUUCUCAGCUUAUAAAUCCAUCACUACUUGUUGCAGGGCCACUCUCCACUGCAAAGCAGGGUAAACCCUUUAAAGAUCCUGGGGUCCAGUUUCCUGCCACUUGUGAGCGGCAGCUGUUGGUGUGAACCUGGGUUCCUCAGUACCACAGUGCCCGCCAACACCUUUCCUUGGCAUCUACCAAGGUUUUGUGCCCUUCCUUUUUUUCAGGCAGGUUUUGUUGUUGUUGUUGUUUUUUGGUGGGGGUUCCAUUUCCCCUCUCCCCCACUUUACUCAUUUGGGUAUGUGUGUGGUGAAAGGGUUGCUUCUUGCUUGUAUUUUCUGAGCGCUCUCAGUCUUUUUCUCUGUGAAAUGGGCCCACAGCAGUUUCUUCUAUUUCCAAAUGGGCCCCUGGGCCCAGAAAGGGUUGCUUCUUGCUUGUAUUUUCUGAGCGCUCUCAGUCUUUUUCUCUGUGAAAUGGGCCCACAGCAGUUUCUUCGAUUUCCAAAUGGGCCCCUGGGCCCAGAAAGGUUGGGGACCCCUGGUGUAAACUCUGCAAAUAGUUGCCCUUUAGAAAAGCAUUGUGUUUGACACAGAAACGAAAUCUCGGUCUCCUUGCACCUUUUGAUCUUGUUGCAUUUCACAUACGGUCACUCGGCUGUUCUCCUCACGCCCACCACAUGAGGAGCACCUAGAUCCAUGAGCUCCUCCUUGACAUUCACAAUUUAGAGCAUGGCUCACUCAUCCUUCCUUGUGACUCCAUUCUGGGGGCAGCAUUUCACUCGGAAGCGGAGUGGUCCUCUGUUUUGCAGCCCAGAUUUUGCUGCCUGGGACACACUUGAGUGGAAGUCAUGGGAGACUGAGCAGUCCUCCAUAAUUUAUUCUAACCUUGCUAUUCAUGGGGGGGGGGAGUAUGCUAAUUCCCAACCCCUAACCAGACCAGGACCCUGGGAGACCAGAGUUCAAAUCCCCACUCACCCUGGCCAGUCACUCACUCUCAGCCUAACCUUCCUCACACGAUCAUUGUGGGGAUGAAAAGGGUAGCUUGAGAAGUAUGGAGGCCACCUUGAGCUCCUUGGAGGAAAGUUGAGGUAUAAAUUUGACAAAUAAAUAAUUAAAAAUAAAUUGGCAGGUCUUAUUCAGCAACACUCCCUCUGACUGCUGAGGUUUCGGCAGGCAUGGUCUACCAUUUCAUUUUAUGAAAAAGCUGGGAAUCCAAGAAUCUGAAUUCUGGAUUCAGAAUUGUAUCCAGUACCUGGGGAGUCAUAUUUUUAUCCACAUUGCUUCCACGUUCUGUAUAUUAUGUUCGGAUUUUCACUUAGGCACGAGGGACCCUCUGACUCUGAGCAGAAAUCUCAUUACCGAUUCUAAGAGAUUAGCAGGUUUUGUACAGAAUUGCUGAGAAGCAGCAUUUAAUCGCCUUCUGCUUUUUUGACCUUGGAUGCCUCUGAAAUUAGCACCCCGAACCCUUGUUGUGGGUUUCUGACUACAGUGUCUUUCUUCCUCCUUUUUUUAUUGUGUUUGUUAAUAAUAAUAAAAACCAGUUAAAACUGAUUUAUCAGGUGAUCUUUUCAGAAAAGACCUAAUAUGGCACCAGCCCAGAGGUGGCAUCGGCCAUCAUCACGUGUGACAUUAGAUAACCCAGGGUAGAAGAGAAACUCAAGGAUUCGGCUUAAGCGCACGCUCUCUCUCUCUGUGCCUAAAUUAUCUGGAAGCAAGCGUGUUGUUUCCAGCCCUCCCUGAGCAGAUGGUGAAAAUAUCCUCUUCGUUUUCUGGGUAUGUCGACUUUAAACACAUCACUUCUCCCUUCCUGUGAUCCAGCCCCCGCCACUUCCUCUCCACUCACUUAAUCAGGUUUGAUCCUCUUUGAUUCCCCACCCCCCCAAUCUGUCUUCUCUCUUCCUGUGAGCGAACGCACGCAUGGAUGUGUUGAGUUUUGUGGAAAUCAUGGGUAGUUUAGGGAAGCGUUCUGGAGUUGUGCUACACUUCUACAUUUCAGUUCUUGUAGCAAAACCAUAAUGUGGGAGAUGGCCCAUAUCAGGCUUGUAUAUUGACUUAGUCACCUACACUAAGGAAAAAAUCACCUUUAGGCGACUCUGGAAGCAGUUAGCUUGUCCAGAGUUAGUUAACUUUUUUCUGUUAGUCUCCAAAUGGUUAAUAGAAAUGUGUUGAGCUAGGUAAGUUGGUAAAAUCGCUCCUGGACUAGUAAUUUUACCAAGGUUGGCCUAGAUGUUAAAGUGCUGAGGGUAAGAAAAUCUUAGUGGGUUGUGUUGUUAAUUACUUCCCACCCUCCAUGGUGUAGAUGGUUCAGCCUUCCCAUACUAAACAGUGUGAGAAGGGCCAUAGCUGAGCAUCUCUCUUUGCCUGGAGGAGGUCCCAGGCUCAAUCCCCCAGAUGGCAUCUCCAGACAGGACUGGGGAAAAGACUCCCUGCCUGCCACCACAAAGAGCUCCUGCCAGUCGGUGCAGACAAUACUAAGGUAGAUGGGUCAGUGGUCCGACUUGGUAUAAGCCUGCUUCCUGUGUGUCUUAAGUCUGUCCCUCCAGAUGUUGCUAAACUACAACUCCCAGCAUACCUGGACAUUGGCCACGUUUGCUAGGGCUCAUGGGAGUCAUAGUUCAGCAGCAUCUGAAAGGCCACUGGUUCUCUGCAGCCCUGUAGUAAAUAGCCAGGGUAGGAGGGUCAAUUGCCUUCCGAUAUCCAAAGGCCUAAUCACCUAGAGGCAACCCCGAACUCACCCCAGGCCGCCAGGUUAGAGUGGGUUUUUUCCGCAAACAUCAUGUCAAGACUCAAGCUGGAUUUCCCAUUGAGCCAAGUUUUGUAUUCUUUCUUCUAAGCCACCUGUCCUAACACAAGACUGCAUUGGGUGCUCCUUUCACUCAAAUCGUUAAUGAGAAUUUUUGUCCUUGAUUCGCCCAUCACUAUAAGUAAGAAACAAUAUCCCUCCAUUCUGCAAAAUCAGGUUCAAGGUUAAUACAGCUAGAAAUGUUUUUUUUCACUCCAAAUCCCUUACAUUCAUUCAAAGGGCUUAGUGGUUUGCUCUCAUGUCUGCGUGUUCAGGGGAUGGGAGAAAUUUCUGUUUUCUUCUUUCCUGUAUCAUAUCAGCUCUCUUAGUUUGGGUUUCUGCACCCUGAUCUCUAUCAGAUAUCACUCUUUCCAGGAAUAUAUCAAGUUUUCAGAGCUCCCCACCCUUUCAAGGCACGGAUAUAUUUCUGCCCACCUCCCACCCUCGCCCUCAGCCCCCCUGCUGAGGGGAUCAACGGGACAGACUUCUGAUUUGCUACCUUCUCCUGCCUUCUAUUCAUAUUCUCAUCACUGGAAUCUCUCCCCGCCGCUGGGCUCAAAACCAGCCUAGCCAAGAUUGUUUGGCCUUAAUCGGAUUAGAGGAAGAGAAAACAGCUGCCUUUUGGCUUUUGACGGAGAGGUGCGAAGAAGUUGAAGAUGCCUCCGGUUCUCCCCUCCUCGUCGGGCCACUAGGAUGCCAGCCCGCCUUCCGCUUCUAUGUUUCAAGCCCGCUGCCAGGAGACUCUGUUCGUGACUGACUGGGGGGUGCCGCUGGUGAUCGCCCUACUCCUCCUCGGCCUAAUUUAUCUGUUCAUUUACCUGCCAGCCAGCCUCCAGCAGUCGUCGUCGGUGGAAGAGGCAGUGAGGAAUUUAAGCGACAAGUACACUUACAACGGGGUGGGCUUUGUCAAGCAGUGAGGUCCAGAAGGCACCAAAGUCCACCAGCGGCCAGCCCAUCGCUCCAUUUGAGGCCAAAGAGCGGCAGGCACAAAUUUGAGCUCAGCAGACGAAACUUCCACUCCGGUUUUGGAUAGAAAGAAUCAUAUACAAGAGAGCCGUUCUUCCUUGGAGCAGCUGCAUUUUUGGGUGUCUACGCCAGAGGAGACCGGCAGGUUUCUUCUUCCAAUUGGCUGACCCAGGAGCCAAGUCUCUGAGCCUCGCUGCUCCGUCGUCUUACUUUGCAGGGUAUCGUGGAGGAAAAGCUGAGUCUUGCCAGCAGAAAGCAGGGAGGAGGUGCUAUGUUUGGGCAUUUCGUGGAAGGAAGAACUCACCAAGACAUUUCGUUGUGGGAAGAGGUGCAACCUGGGUGGCUGGCAUCACUGAGAAAGGCUGAAGACCCGUGUGUGGAAACCUCUGGCUCUUGAGAGGCAGGCAACAGCACUUGAAAAGACACUGUUCCUUGACUUUUACUCUUCAUUGAGCCCCCACCUCACUGCUGGCCACCAUCUUUGUAACAAAGCUUUCUGACUAAAAAUGGCAAAAUAUGUUGUGUAUCAUUUGGCCGCAAGAGGGUUUGUCUAAUUAAUGCAUAGCUGUGGCUUAGAUUUACUGGGGGGUUUUGCACAAACUUGUCAGCUGUGCUGUGGUUAUGGCAGUGUUUCCUAAAAGAGCUUUAAAGGUACCCUUUCUUUUUCCUGGGUUAAACUUUCAGGGCACAUACCAUGCUUCUUAGAGCUGAAAGGAUGAUUCUUUUUCAGGAAAGCAAAAGCAAAUCAGCUGCCUUCAGAGGAUCCCACCCUCUGUGUUUCUGCAUGAGUCACCAAUCAGGGAAGAUCCUUCAUUUGGAAGGAGGCAAGCCCAAAGCACUGACUCAUGCAGAGGGGCACCAGGCAGACUCCUCGAAGGGUGGUUAAUUCCACCUAGAUGGAGCUGAUGGAAAGAUAAGAUUGCAUGAUGUGGGACAGAAUUCCCCACCCUCGGUGGAAAUUGAUCGAGCAAUUUAGCCGAGACAGAGCAGCAACUCAUUCAGAGACACUGCUGGCAGCCUCUAGUGCAAAGGGGUCCUUCAGAUUCAUAGGGGGCCCCCUAACUAUUUUAAUUAACUUAUUUCUUGUGACACCAUUUUUUGUGAAUUACUUGAUUAAAGUGCUAGUUCUUUUGCUCCCUUCUAACACUCCUCUGAGUUUGCUAGUAUGCUAAGCCUCCUGUUUCUCUUUAAAAGUGGAACUCUGUCUGUCUGCAGCAGGUGUCAAAAUGAGGCAGUUGACGAUUCAGUGUUUCUUUCUCAAGGAGAUAAUUAGAUUUGAUUAAUAUCUGGCACAUCCAGCAUAGUAGAUGGGUUGCUGCUUGUUACCUGCUUGUUACCAUUUCUUCCUCUUUAACGUGGAUUCGUCUCAAGAUCUAAGAAUCUAGCUUUGCUUGCUUUAUUUUAUAUUACCAUAUUUACUCAGGUCUUAAUGCGCCAUCAAAUCUAAUGCGCACCUCAGUUUUCAGAACCUUGGAACCAAAAAAGUAUUUGCUGGCGAAUGUAAAUGUGCCAUCGAAUCUAAUGCACACCUUACAUUUUCGCAACAUAAUUUGGCCAAAAAGGGUAAGCAUUAAAUUAGAGUAAAUACAAGUAAAUUAAAAGCAAAGUUUUAUUCCUUGGGAUGGAAAGAUAAUCUGCAAAGUAGGCAAAAUGUGUCUGCAAAAGUUACCUUUGUGUGUUGUGGGAAUGCUUGCCUCUCUAGACAAUUGGUCUUACCCUGGUGUCCUAAGUUAACAGUUAGGAUUGAACUAUUGGCCCCCACAAGAGGAGUGAAGGCCUGGCAGGUCCUCUUUCCGGAUUUAUUCCAGAUGAUGCUAGACUGUAACUCACAUAAUCCCUGACCUUUGGCAACUCCGGCUGGGGAUUAUUAUGGUUAUUGUUAUAAUUUACUUUCCCUUCACCCUAAAGUCCCUGGGUGGAUUAUAACAAUUAAAACAUAAUGUUAAAAGCAGUCUUAAACAACUUGGAAUCACAGAAACAAGGUGGGUUCUAAAAAUAUACAUUCCAGAUGUCAAAAGCUCAAAGUAAAGGGAUGUGUUUGGCUAGGAGUUUUGGUCUGGGACUGAUGGGAGUUGUUGUCUAAAACAGCUGGAGGACACCAGUCUAAGGAAGGCUCUGGAAAGCCAGCUUCUAAUAUUUCACAGUGCCCAUAUUUUGAACUAAGUGAGGGCUGAUGGGCCAGCCUCCUUGACUCCCUCCCCCAUGAACUGAGGCAUGGCCAAUUGACUCCUAAAAAACCAUACAUCUCAAGUGUCAAAAGCCAGGUGAAAAGGGGGGAGGUCUUCAGCAUUUCCCAAAAGCUGUAUAAUGAAGGUGCCAGAUGCACCGCUGUGAGGAGGGAGUGCUACAGCUUAGGGGCCACCACAAAGAAGGCCCUCUUCAAGCCCAUUAUCGCCAACUGCACCCUAAGCUUCUGAGGACCAAGAAACUAUCAAGAGGGCCCACCUAAAUUGAGAGGGUCAGUAGAAAAAGAGGCAGACUUUCAGCAGCUAAUUCACACAACUUUAUAUGAAGUAAAUGUUCUGAGGAAUGAGAUAGUAAGUAGCAAACAGACACAGCAGGUGUGGUGGUAUUAUUAUUAAUGCAAUGUUAUUCAUCAGAUAUUUGAAGUGGGUAUUUCACAUUCAGUGACCCGUGACUGAGUACUGAUAUUGGAUCAGAUUCUUAACAGUAUUUGACUCUGACAUGCUGGUACUUCUAGUAUUUGAUAGUAGGCAGUUUAGGAGACAUUCUGCCGUUAACCAAACUCUAGUAAUAAGGGAAGACCACCAAGCAUAUUUGGUUGAAUUUCAUGUAAUAAAAGGCUCAGUUUCAAAUCGCAGCGAAAUUUUGACAUCGGAGUUCGAGAAUCAAAAUUCCAAAUUGCCCUCCCCAUAGUUGGCUGGAUUAAGUUGGUAUGAUUUUUGCUAUAAAAUUUAGUUAGACUGUUGUUGGAAACUGUCAAAUACAUGCCGGUAUCCUUCUUGCCUAUAAGCUGCCCAUUUUGUUGUUAGCUGUCAACUAAUUAUAAGUCCAGCACUGUUAAAAAGUGAUCUGCUGCUUUCCGGGUUGACUCUGUGAUGUAGAUUCUUCCAGCGUCUUAAGGCUGAUGCAGAAUAUCAAAGAUUUGCUAAGUGCUUUGUACAUUCCAGAAAAUAUAUCAAGAGUAUUUGCCACCAAAAUUCACAUACAAGUAAUUUUGAGGCGCAUUUCACCUCCACUUCAAAUUUGAGGUUAAAAUUCCACACUUUAGAAAUCUCAAAUUUCUCACUAGGCAUUUUGGUUUUUGCAUCCGAGGCUCAAAUGUUGAAAUUGUGUGUGUUGUCAGGAUUGUCUCUAUCCACUUGCUUGGCACAUUCAGUAGUGACAGCCCUUGCAUCUCAGGAGCUUUGCCUUCUUUCUUCCUGUUUGCUGUAUUAAAAGUGAUUUCCUUCCAAGUCUCUGCUUGAAAACUCUAGAAGACCAAUAAACCUUGCAAUGUUCAGCCAAGGCUACCUUGUCAGUGUCUGUCUCAGUUAAUUCCUUUAGCUGUGCAUUGAUUAGCGGUAUCCUUUUCCUUUCCUUUCUUACUCUAACACCUGAUAUCUUCAUCUUCUGGAGAGAAAUUUAUAACGGUUCUUUAUGCAGUGCACAUUUUGAUUUCUUUCAAACUUGCAAUUCCCAAAACCAAAACCGAGUUAAGAAGUGGGGAACAAAUGCUAUGGGCAUUAUUUUUUUCCUUUUGAGCCAUGGAAUGCUCACAAACAUUCUGACUUCUGGUGGGUGAAAGUGUCUUCAACAGGAUGCUGGCAAGUAGCAAUAGGUUCUGGUGAAGUGAAAGAUCACUUUGACUAGGGUACUCACAGACAUGGUCUGAAAUUAAGAGGGCGCCAGGCUCAUUUUGCACCUAAAAGUUCUCCAUUUGCAAGCACCUCAAAAAGUCUGGGUGCCAUUUUUUUGCACCUGGCUGACACUCAAGGAUUACUGAAAUGUAUGUGCUUGAAAUAUAUGUUAAGGAUAGACAAUAUGUUAAGGAGUUUAACAAUAAAGAGUAGAGUGUUUUUAAAACUGAAGUACAGUACCAGUACUUUUAUUUUAAAAUUAAACAUUUAUUAACAAUUUUCUGCUAAAAAUGUGAUCUUAACAAGGUGUCACUCAUGUGAAUUACGUGUUAGUUCAUGCUUAUCAGAAUAAUACAUACACCUAAGUGGCGACUAGACAUUCUGUUUUGGCGCCCACAACACAGGUCCCAGAAGCCAUUUGGCUCCUAGCUUUUCUAUCCCAGUUUCUAGCACUUCUCACAGAGGCCCUAAAACUGGGAAGGAGCUGUUUCGGGUUGGUGUUAGGAAGGCAGUACACAAGAAAGAGAACUUUGAAUGCUGGGAAACUGGGACAAGUGAAUUUCACACCGUAAUUUGAACAAACCUGCCAAAAUGCUAGCUGCAAGUAUAUACCUUCUGUUGGGUUUUUUAAAAAAUAACUUUAUUUUAAUCGUUGUUAUCUACUCUUUUAAGAAUAAUGGGGGGCAAGUGUGGGCAGGUGUAUAACUUAAUGCUCAAGGUGGCAUUCAUGGUUCUUCCUCCCCCCCAAUUUUAUCUUCACUACAACCCUGUGAUGUAGGUUAGGCUGAAAGGCAGUCAGUGGCCCCCACAGAUGAGCAGAGAUAGAUAAGUUGUUGUUUUUUAGUGUGGUUUUCUUCUUGUUUAUAAUUCUUCUGCACUGAUCUAUUCCACUGCAAUGCCUAGAAACAUGGAAGAAGUGUGUAGGUUCCCAGAUCUCCCGCUUCGGAAACCGCUGACUUACCAAGCCAAGCAGCUUAUCGCAAGAGAAAUUGAACUGGAGAAGAUGAGGCGGACGGAAGCCCUCCUUCAUGCACGGAACUCUGGCCAGGUAAGUGGCUGGAUGGCGCUUGGGGAGAGCAAGUGGAUCAAAGAAUAAGUGGGUCUGGCUUAGGCCCCUCUACAGAUCUUGUGUAUGCCCCAGAAUCCUUUGCAGCAUGCAACGGUUCAUUGGUAAACAAGCCUUCUGCACCAGAGGUUCCCCAAGGAGAAAAAUCCCUGAAAAUUAGUGGUCCAGAGAAGGGGAUAGGACCCCUUUCCAACCUGAUGACCUCUUUCCCUUGUGGGCAACCGCCUGUGGGUCACAUGCCAGUGGUGGAUGGGGCCCACUGGUGCCAACUAUAGGGGGCUCUGGGGGUCCAGGCACCCACAAAAAAUUGUGGGUGCUCAAGCACCCGGUCUACUGGGCCUCCAGCACGACUUCUGGGGCCUUGCAAAGCACCAGAAAUCGUGUCUGAGCCCUCGCAAAGCCCUGCCUAGCUUUGCAAAUGUGUUAGCAGUCAUUUUUCUCCACCAUGGUGAUAAAGCUUGCUGUUUUCUAAACUCAGCAAAUGUCUGACCUUUUUUUUUUUUAAGUGCUACUCAACUGCAGCUGAAGGGAUUGGCAUCGGUUCAUUGACACCCAAUAACAUUCAUGUUGAGGUUUACAUGAGGACAGUCAUAAUUGUCAAAUUCUUUUAGAAAGCUCUUCUGCCCUCUGGUGGGCCCAAGUGUCUAUUACUGCCACCACACGAGUUAUUGGCACUGAUCCUUUGACAUUACAUGUCUCCGUCCUCUUCCAGGAAAGAUUGGUGAUAUCUGUUGUGGGAUGGGAAGAGAGACACAGCUGUUUUUUUGUAUGUGGCAGACUGAAAUUUAUAACUAUAAUUUCUAGUGGAAAUCUGGAUUAAAGAGGCUCCUGGUGCUACUUUCUGCUUAGUUCAAGUGCAUUCAAAAUUUCUGUUGUUGUUGUUGUUGUUUAGUCAUGUCCGACUCUUCGUGACCCCAUGGACCAGAGCACGCCGGGCACUCCUGUCUUCCACUGCCUCCCGCAGUUUGGUCAAACUCUUGUUGGUAGCUUUGAGAACACUGUCCAACCAUCUCGUCCUCUGUCAUCCCCUUCUCCUUGUGCCCUCAUUCUGUAUACUGUAGUUCUAGUUCAGCAAGAAGUCGGUGACCGCACUGUAGAGCAUUCUAAAACUUUGACACAGGACGAAAAAGAAAUGCAUUAAUCCGUAUGCAGAUCAAAAUGCUUUUCUAUUUAUUUAUUCAAAAGCAUCUAUAAACUGCUCAGAAUUAAAAAUCUCUAUGUGAUAUGCAAAAAAUACAACAUCAAAACAAGAAAAGCAGUAUCAUAAAAAGUGAUACAUAGAAACUUGGGAAGUUUCCUUAUACUGAAUCAAACUGUUGAAAUUCAUAUAACUCAGUAUUCUCCCCACUGACUGGCAGUGGCUUUCCAGGAAUUGAGCAGGGGUCUCUCUGAACCCUACCCAGGGAUGCCGGGGAUUGUAUCUGGGGUCUUCUGCAGGCGAAGCAGAUGCUAUCCCCCUUGUCUGACUCUUCGUGACCCCAUGGACCAGAAAACACCAGGCACUCCUGUCUCCCACUGCCUCCCACAGUUUGGUCAAACUCAUGUUUGUAGCUUCGAGAACACUGUCCAACCAUCUCAUCCUCUGUCGUCCCCUUCUCCUUCUCGUCUUUCCCAACAUCAGGGUCUUUUCCAGGGAGUUUUCUCUUCUCAUGAGGUGGCCAAAGUAUUGGAGCCUCAGCUUCAUGAUCUGUCCUUCCAGUGAGCACUCAGGGCUGAUUUCCUUAAGAAUGGAUAGGUUUGAUCUUCUUGCAGUCCAUGGGACACUCAAGAGUCUCCUCCAGCACCAUAAUUCAAAAGCAUCAAUUAUUUGGCGAUCAGCCUUCUUUAUGGUCCAGCUCUCACUUCCAUACAUCACUACUGGGAAAACCAUAGCUUUAACUAUACAGACCUUUGUCAGCAAGGUGAUGUCUGCUUUUUAAGAUGCUGUCUAUGUUUGUCAUCACUUUUCUCCCAAGAAGCAGGUGUCUUUUAGGCCACCCUAAAGGAAAUCUCUAAUAAGCCACCCUAAACCUGUUGUGUGAAGGCCCUUUUUUUGAAGAUGGUAAGGCCAACGUAAACUAAGAGGAAGGUGGCAACAGGAUGCCCAGUUUCUGUGGCUUUAAGGCCUUUUUGUGUUGCUAAAUAUAUCCUACCCAAGAGAUCACAGCAUGGACAAUGGGUAUCUCAGUUGGUUAGAGUUUGGUGCUGAUAAUGCCAAGGUUGCAGGUUUGAUCCCCAUAUGGGAUAGCUGCAUAUUCCUGUAUUGUUGAGGGCUGGACUCGAUGAUCCUCAGGGUCCCCUUCCAACUCUUCAACACUAUGAUUCUAUGAAGAACAGACUAGUUGUCCGCGUGGAGUUGAAAAAUUAGUUGGCAGCUGGUACCUUAAGCUUAGUCACACCUAAUUUGUUGAAACUUGGACAGAUUUGCUGCCUGAAAACCUAGAAAGCUGCUGCCAGCCUGUGUUGUACUGAGCUAGAUGAUCAGUGGUCUGACUCAGCAAAGAGAACAUUCUUACGUUCCUAAUCGUAGAAUAGUAGAGUUGGAAGGUAGCCCAGGGGUCAUCUAGUCUAACCACUUGCAAUGCAGAGAUCACGGCUCAAGAAUCCCUGGCAGAUGGCUAUCCAACCUCUGUUUAAAAACAUCCAACAGAGGAGAGUCUACUGUCAAAUUAUCAUGAUGAUGGAAGAGAGCAUUGUAAGCUUCUGUCCCCUAGAGGGUGGCAUUUCCUUGUCCAAGACCAGAUCUCUAAAUAUACUGUUAGCCAAUAGUGAUGGAAACUGGAAAUAGCUGCAGGCUUGCAGCAAUCAUGGAAUUGCGGAGACCAAAUGAGCUCAGUCUUUCUUGGCAAACGCCCAAGGGAAGAAGGAGCCAAAGACUUAAUUGAGAAUCUGGGCCAGCUACUUAUUAAAAUACAAGAUGCAAGCUUUUUGAAUCGCACGGGUCUCUUCCUGUGUUUUGGGUGGCGAUAGACUUCUUAUGCCAAGAUGCAGUGCAUGAUGCAGACACACACACACACACACCAGGUGUUUGCUUUUUUGUUCCUAAUAUGCAAUGCUGGUGUACAAACUGGCAGCCACAGUUGUGUUGUGCAGUGUGCCUUCUGCUGAUACAUCCAACAUUGGUCCUAGAAUUAAGCUGUCUGAGAAUCUUUGACAUCUGUUGAGUUUCUAGUCUUCAUGGCUGCAGUGAGUUGCUGGAAAUUGUGUACCAAAUGGUUCCUGAAAUCUCUGAAGAUUCAGUAAGACUAUCAGUGGCUGGGACUCUGUGUAGCUCUUGCGGAAUGACUCCCCUGAUUUGCAAAAUGAGAAAAUUUGUAGAUUUGCAUAAUUUAUACAGGCCGCAGAGCUCAGCUUUCCUUGUUGCUGUUUCGUUUUUUAAAUGCAGAAUACAAACAGCCUUGCUAAUUAAGCAGGCUGUGGGAUUGCAGGUUUAAUUAGGUUUCAUAUGGGCUGGCUGAUAAGGGAAGAAUUUAUAUAGCACAAAAGGAAAUGAAAUAAUAGACGACCCCCCCCCGUAUUUUUUUAUACAAGAAAGGGAAAGAGAGGCUUCCGGGGUGGCGCCAUCGGCAAUGGCGGACUCCCUCUGAUCUGGAGGGACUAGCUCCACGCGAAACGGGUCUUUUCCGCUACGGCGAAGCGGGGACCCUUUCAAAAAUCACAGGCGGAUGAAGCCUGUGACCAUGGGACUCGGCGGGCGCCCUUAGCGCCCCCCCAACCCGCAAAAGAACCCAUUAACGGGCUCCGGAGCGAAGAGGGGGACGUGGCGCGGUGCUGAGAGUCAACUGCUUCUUCCGUGGAGCGAAGCCGCACAGCCGUUGCCGGAGAGCGCUGCCUUUUCCUGGGACAAUUUGGCUUCUAAAAUAAUCACCCGUGAGUACUUAAACUCGGACAAUUGGACUUUAAAUAAGGACUUGUGAGCAGAAAGGAAAAUUGGACUUAAAAGUUUAUUUCAGUUUGGCACUGAAACGGGAAGGUCUAAACAGGAAGUCAGCCUUCCGUUUCUUUGUAGAUAGAUUAAAGCAAAGACAUGGCAAACUAGAGCUCAGAAAAUCGCCUGUAAAAGAUUAACUUUCAUCAUUUAAAAUUGUUGAACCUCCUUCGGAAGCAGGAGAAGAGGGGGGAUUUUUUCGGACUGUUUAAACCUGCAGAAGUGAGGGUAAAGUAAAGUAACUUUCCACCGUCCUGAUCCUGGAGUGGGGUGUCAGGACUGACGUUUUUUGAAGCUCAUUGACCAGAGAUAACGUUUUUGACAGAUAGCUAUAAGAAGAGAAACAUUGAUUCCAUUGUUCCCCUUCACUUUUUAAAGGAACAAAUAUUGACAAAAUAUCUGAAAAAGGAAACUUUGUUGCUAGACUUGUCUUUAAAAGAAAGAAUAAAUAGAAGUUUUUCCCCUAGAGGGAGACUGUGAAACUGUAACCAACUCCGGGGAGCUUGCAGCUGUUACAGAUUACAGUCGUGGGAAUAGACUUCUGACCUUGCAGGACAAUGUAUUCAGAAGCUCUGUUGUGUGCUUUCUGUAAAACAAAUGCCCUACUGGAACAGCUACAUGAGAAGACGGAUUUGAUGACUGAUUCGAUCAGAAAAUUUGAACAGGCAGUGGGAAAUUUUGAACAGGCAGUGGGAAAAUAUAUGGAGCCCACCCAGGAAUUAAAUCAGGAGUGUGCCCUGGCAGAACGGAUGAGGGAAGAGGAUGUUGCUGAAUCUUGGGCGCCAGAGAUGGAGGGAGCUGUGGCCCAACAGGAACAUGAGCUUUUGGAUUUGACAAAUGAACUUGGAAAAAGCCAGAUUUGGAAAGAAAAAGUUUGGUUUGGUUUGGAAAUGGGGGGCUGGAUAGACCCCCCUAUGCAGGGAUGUUUGGACUUUUCAAGUCUGGCAAUGGGCCGUGAGAUGUUUGGGGUUGUGGGAGCUCUUAAUUUUGGAGGGAUUUUGAAACAUGUUCUUAAAUACCACAUGGAGUUUAGUGUGGAUUAUGGAAAAGGGGCUGAUUUGUCGAGAAGGGUCAAAAACAUUGUUAAGCUGGAGUUCCCACGAGUGAAACGAGCAGGAGACAAGGGAAAAUACAGUUAUAAAUAUGAAGAAGAGCUGCGGAAGGGACAUGGAAGAGACUUAAGGGCCUCGGAUACAAGGUUACCAGGUUAAUGCGCUAGAUCGAUGGGAUAAUAAGGACUGACAAAACCCGGGACCAGGAGGAAGGGACGCUGGAUGAAGAUUGGAUUGUUUUUAUUUCUUUUUUUACUACUAGGAUUGUUUUAUAAAAUUGAUGAAUGUUAGAAAAAUGUUGGAAUGAAAUUACUUGGCUUUAGUAAAAAUGUUUAAAGAAUUAUGUAAGAAUAUUAUGGUUAUGAGAAGUUGGUAAAAAUAAGAUUUAAGUUUUACGUUUCAAGGUUUUUUAUAGUACGAUAAGAUUAAAAUAGUUUAAGGUAAUGUAAUGACAGAAUAUUAUGAAAUAUGGAAAGGAUUUGCUACGACAAUUAACAACUAGGAUACAAAAAAAGGGAGGAGGAGGCGGUCAAAGAAAGAAGGUAAUGACAGUUGAGGAUUUGAGAAUGAUGGAUUUGUUUUUAAAUGUUUGUGGUGUAUUUUUGUUUUUUGAAUUUGUAUUGUUUGAUGUGGUUUGUUUGUUUUUUUGCUCUUUCUUUUUCUUUUUCUACUUUGUUCUUUUUUGUAAUUUAAAAAAAAAUUCAAUAAAUAUCAUUAAAAAAAGAGAGAGAGAGAGUAAACAAAUGUGAUUCUUAAGAAAGAAAAAAGCUAUGGAAAAAUUAUUUGACCAUAUUGAAUGGUAUUUUAGAAUUCUAAAACUUUAAAGGGAAAAGAAUAAAAGAGACCAGCUGCUUUUGAACAAUCAAAUCUUGGUUGUUGUUUGGGACAUCAGCCCUGGCCAAGACAGCCAUAUAAUACUGGAGCCGACAGAAGUUGUACUCCAAAGCCUCUGGAGGGCACCAGGCUGGUGAAGACUAGCUUCUUACAAUAAACCAAGAUAUGCACAAACUUCAUGCAUCAAAAUGUAGCUGUUUUUAUCCUCCCUCUCUGCAAGUAGAGUAAACAGGCCAGGAAGCAGCAGUUAACCAUAGCUUUCUGUUACAGCCAAACCAGGAAACUAUGGUGAGCAGAACAGUCCAAAAUAGGGCCUGGUGUUGAUUCUGCAUUUUCCUUUUUUCUUACUUUUCUGGUUUUAGUCAUUUGAAUUUAUUGAUUAUGUAGAUUGUGUGUGAGAGGGAAAGAGAGACAGACAGACAGACAGACAGAGAAUGAAUGAAUGAAUGAAUGAUGGUUAGAGUGUCAUCCUAGAACCCAGGAGACUGGGAUUCAAAUCUUCAUUCCACUGUGAAGCUCGCUGGCUGAUCUGGUGCCAGUCGCCAUCUUUCAGCCUAACCUACUUCACGGAGUUGUAAGGAUGAAACAGAACCAUGUACGCUACCUUGAGCUCCCUCAAGGAAAACGCGGGGUGUGAACGUGAUGAAUACAUAACACGUAAAGCACCUCAACAGAACUGACAAGAGAUACAGAAAGAUUCUCCAAAUAAAUACAAUAAAUUAACUAACUUUUCUCUGCCUGUCUCCAUCUUCCCCGCAGGCGAUGGAGACAACUUUGCUCCCGAAAGAAGGCAACCACAAAGCAAGCCAUGAGCCAGCACUGCCCGAAUCCAGAGUGCGGAACCACAAACAACGUCUCGACCAGAUUGUGAAGAGAGCCACAUUUGAGGAGAAGGUGAGGGCAGCGUCCAAGGACUGCAGGCAGCAGAGGGCCAUAGCACAGGGCAACUUGCAGUGCCAGCACAGCCUGGCAGCUUGUGCCUCAUUCCCUUUGCUGUGUUUCUGUCUCGCAUAGUUGAGAAAGGGCCCUAUCUUCAGGGCAGCAAUUCUGCCGGGUCUUGUCCCAGUGCAUGUGUCAAGCUCUCCUUUCUUCUUUUUGCUGUCUAGUCCUAGAAUUGUCGAGUUGGAAGGGACCACAAGGUCCUUCUAAUCCAACCCCCUGCAGUGCAGGGAUCUUUUGCCCAGUGUGGAGCUCAAACCCAUGGGCAUCAGUGACGAGGUCUAGGCUGCACAGGUGCACUGGUGGAGCCAAUGCAACAGUCCAACUGGUGCCACCCGCACAACUUCCACCUGGCAGCCAUUUUAUUCCCCAUCCUCCCAGUAAAUGGCAGCAGCACCGCUGCUGGGAGGCUGUUAUUACAGCUCCACUGCACUGGGGAGCCAGUCCUGAUUGUCCACUGGUUUGCGGUAAAAGCGGGAUGGUGGCUCCUUGAGGACCGGUGGGUGGCGAUUUUAAAGAUCAGCAAGGCCACUUUUAUGUUAGCAUGAGAGCCAAUGCUGGCUUCUAGGUGCAGCUCAAAAGUACAGGAAUAUGCUGCAUCCCAAACAGCCCUCUCCACAAGGCUGAAGCCAGGUUGCAGACCUUGUGCAUAGCAUUCUUUUUCACUAAGAGAACAGUACCUGGGACAGUUAAGGGAGAGGUGCGAAUAAUAAAACUCAUAGAAUCAUAGAGUUGGAAGAGACCACAAGGGCCAUCGAGUCCAACCCCCUGCCAAGCAGGAAACACCAUCAGAGCACUCCUGACAUAUGGUUGUCAAGCCUCUGCUUAAAGACCUCCAAAGAAGGAGACUCCACCACACUCCUUGGCAGCAAAUUCCACUGUCGAACAGCUCUUACUGUCAGGAAGUUCUUCCUAAUGUUUAGGUGGAAUCUUCUUUCUUGUAGUUUGGAUCCAUUGCUCCGUGUCCGCUUCUCUGGAGCAGCAGAAAACAACCUUUCUCCCUCCUCUAUGUGACAUCCUUUUAUAUAUUUGAACAUGGCUAUCAUAUCACCCCUUAACCUCCUCUUCUCCAGGCUAAACAUGCCCAGCUCCCUUAGCCGUUCCUCCUAAGGCAUCGUUUCCAGGCCUUUGACCAUUUUGGUUGCCCUCCUCUGGACACGUUCCAGUUUGUCAGUGUCCUUCUUGAACUGUGGUGCCCAGAACUGGACACAGUACUCCAGGUGAGAUCUGACCAGAGCAGAAUACAGUGGCACUAUUACUUCCCUUGAUCUAGAUGCUAUACUCCUAUUGAUGCAGCCCAGAAUUGCAUUGGCUUUUUUAUCCACUGGGUUGGUGAACCUAUAGAAAGCUGCCUUACACUGAGUUAGACCCCAUAGUAUUGUGUACAUUGACUGGUAGCGGUUCUUCAGAGUUUCAGGCAGGGAGCUUCUCCCCAACCUGACUUGGAGAUCUUAUGCAUUCAGAGCAGAUGCACUGAGCUAUACAGCCUUUCUUUUGAGGCUGCCUGCUGCCGCGCCUUGGAUAGGAUGGUCCUUCACUUGCAGUUGUGCAAUGCUAUAGUGUGAUGCCUGCAAACUAGAUGUCUCUUUGCUGGGGGCGGGGGCUUGUUUGUUUUUGUUUUGUUUUGUUUUAUAUUUUAUUGUUUUGUUAACCAAGAAAAAAGUGCAACCCUAACAAAAAACCCAAAGAAUCAGAAAUCUAAACUUUAAAGCCUCACAGCCUAGAAGAGCAAAAGUACAAAGAUAUUAAUAAAUACAAAAAUUCCCUUUAUAAAGCUUUAUAAAAAUACAAGUAUUCUCUACUUGUGAGUUCCAUCAUUAUUGAGAAUAAAGUUUCUGUAUUGUCUUAAAUAAGCUAGACAUUGGCAUAUACUGGUGGCGCUGAGUGACCAUGCACUUCAUUAUUUAUAUAAGAAAUAAAAUGAUGCCAUAGAUACUAAAAAAAUUGUCAUUCAAGCUCUCUGCCCUUUAGUAUAUGUGAUACCUUUUCUAUAAGGCAAUUCGCCAAGCCCUUGAAUGCCAGCAAUCCAAAUUAUUAAGGUUAAAAGCCUUCCAGGAUUGGGCAAUACUUUGCUGGUUUUGCAGUGUCCGCUGCAAGACAUUCCUUGGUUUGGAGAGUUGUUCUCCAGGAAACACAAUGGGGUCUGCCUGGUAGCUAUUUGCAUGGGUAAUUAUCAAUGAGUAAAUGUCUCCAGAUGCAUCAGAACACAUUCCAGAAUAAACCCGCAUUCUGUAGCUAUGCUGGAAGUCCUGUGCAAAGCUCCAUGCCCAUGUGACAUUGGGCUUCUCUGAGGAAACCAGGCAGAUGGAUUGCCUUUAACAACUGUGGGUGAUGUGGGGAGUGGAUGGUGCACUCUCAUAAUGGCUUCUGUUCCUUUCCGCAGCCAGAAACAGAUUUCUUCGGCCGUGCGAUUGUCAAGAAAAAUGUGUCUCCGUCGGCAGGUAUGUUCUGGGGUGGGGACGAAAUUUCCAUUAGCAGGGGGAGGGAGACUGGGCUUACUGAAGUGGAUAGAUGGUGCCAGCAGAGAAGAUGGUUUAGCUGCCUUGGUACAUACACACAGGGCCUUCCCUGUGGUGGCCCCUGAGUUGUGGACUCCCUCCCCACAGAGGUCCACCUGGUGCCUUCAUUAUACAGCUUUGGGCAAAUGCUGAGGUUGAACCUCUUUGUCCUGGCUUUGCCUCUGUAGUGUAGUGGUUAAGAGUGAUGAUCUAAGACCUGGGAGAUCAGGGUUCAAAUCCACACUCAGUCUGUUGCAUAAUCAGUUUGCAGCACUAAUGGAACAUUUGUGGCCCUCCACAUGUUAUUGGACUACAACUCCCAUUUUCCUUGACCUUUAGUCAUGCUGGCUGGGACUGAUGGAAGUUGGAGGUUAAGAACAUCUGAAGGACCACAGGCUCCCAUCCCUGAAAAUUCCUUCAUCAAUAUUACAUCUUUCUUUUUCCUCUUUCUCAACAGCCAAUCAGGAACCUGAGAAAAACCGAAUAGAAAAACAAAUUGGGAAGGCUGUUGGGCAGAGCGAUGUUUGGUUCCGGUUCAACGAAGGUGUCUCCAAUGCAGUUCGGAGAAAUAUUUACAUUAAAGAUUUGUUCUAGUGAUUGAAACGUGGGCAGGCAGCACGUGAGUCAGCUAGCAUGUGGGUACCAUGUAAUGAUAUUUUGAACAAAAAUGUUUAUGUGUGCUUUUGUAUUGAAUCCUGUUUUAUAUAUAAAAAGAAAGGAAUAAAUUUGAGACAUGCACAGUA